AUGUCCCAUCCACCUCGAUACCGCCCAAAACCAUGGAGAAUGUCCGGCCUCUUUGUCCUCUUCUCUGCCAACACAAGCGUGCUCACAGGUCCAUCACUUGUACGCCCCCGCCCCUUGUGCAGCUGCCGUACUCAAGAUUCCAUUCUUCCAAGGCCCCAGACUCUGUUCUCCUGCACAAAUUAUCACGUAAUAACAAACAGAAAUCAGAAUCUUGAAAAUUCACUGCCAAAAAUUAAAAAUAAGUUCAUUGUCACCAAAUGUUUUAGCAUUUCAAGAAUCAUCUAUGCAAUGCAAAAACAUCUCUUUUUUUACCAUAAAAAACACAACUGCAAAGGGGUGAUAAUUUACUGUCCAAACAAAUGCAAAAAUGAUUCCACUCAAAAUACAGGGCUUGUUUGA